AUGUACUUGUUCAGAACCAGUGUCCACCCUGGAAGACAUUGUUUUGUGUGCAGUGAAUGUGGGAAGACAUUCAGGUACAAAUCCUCAUUUGUUGUGCACCAGAGAGUGCAUACUGGAGAAAGGCUUCAUGUGUGUCGUGAAUGUGGAAAAUCUUUCAGGCGAACCUCAACCGUCAAUCUGCAUCGAAGAAUUCAUACUGGGGCAAGGCAGUACAAGUGCAGCAAAUGUGGGAAAUCCUUUAACCAAAACUUUGUCCUUACUUAUCCCUGGAGAAGUCACAUUGGAGAAAAUUUUUACUUGUGCAGUGAAUGUGCACAGUCUUUGAGCCACAGAUCCCUCAUAGUUCGAGAACGGACAUUUCACACUGGAGAAAGGUGUUAUGAGUGUACUCAAUGUGGGAUAUCUUUUAGACGAAAAUUUUACCUCAUUGUACACUGGAGAGUUCACACAGGAGAAAGGUCUUAUGAUUGCAGUGAGUGUGGGAACUCUUUUACCAAUAGUUUGGUGCUCGUCCUACACCAGCAAGUACAUAAAGGGGAAAGGCCUUUUGCUUGCAGUGAAUGUGGGAAAUCUUUUACCAAUAGCUCGAUACUCAUUCUCCACCGGAGAGUUCACACAGGAAAAAGGCCUUAUGAGUGCAGUGAGUGUUGGAAAUCCUUUGGUCAUCAAUCUUACCUCACUCAACACUGGAAGGUUCAUAGUGGAAAAAGGCCUUAUGAAUGCAUUGAAUGUGGGAAAUCUUUUAUGUCUCGCCAUGGCCUCCAUUAUCAUCAGAGAGUUCACACUGGAUCAAGGCCUUAUGAAUGUAGUGAAUGUGGGAAGUCUUUUACUGGCCUUCAUUAUCAUCAGCGAGUUCACACAGGAGAAAGGCCUUAUGAGUGCAGUGAUGAAUGUGGGAAAUCUUUUUCCUCUAGUUCCAACCUCAGUAAUCAUCAGAGAAUUCACACAGGAGAAAGGCCUUAUGUGUGCAGUGUAUGUGGGAAAUCCUUUAUCCAAAGAUGUUACCUUCUUAUACACCACAGAGUUCAUACAGGAGAAAGGUCUUAUAAGUAUAAUGAAUGUGGAAAAUCUUUUACUACUCGGAGGAACCUUCGUUAUCAUCAUGGAGUUCACACUGGAGAAAGCCCUUAUGAGUGCAGUGAAUGUGGGAAAACCUUUAGGAAAGAGUCUUCUCUCAUUGAAUACUGUAGAGUUCACACUGGAGAAAAACCUUAUAAAUGCAGUGAAUGUGGGAAAGCUUUUUCAUCUAGGUAUGGUUUCCGUUAUCAUCAGAGAGUUCAUACAGGAUUGAGGCCAUAUGAGUGUAGUGAAUGUGGGAAAUCUUUUAUUUGUAGUUCCAUUCUCUGUGAACAUCACAGAAUUCACAGUAACCAAAGUCCUUAUGAAUGCACUGAAUGUGGGAAGUCCUUUAGAGCAAAUUCUUAUCUCACUGAACACUGUAGAAUUCAUACUGGUGAAAAGCCUUAUAAAUGCAGUGAAUGUGGAAAUCCUUUUCGUCUAGGUCCGGCCUCCGUUAUCAUCAGAGAGUUCACACAGGAUCGAGGACAUAUGAGAGUAGUGAAUAUUGAUGUCACUGCCCGUUUCUGUGGCCGUUUUACCUCUAUCGCCUGGCAGGUCCACGCAGUGUGCAUCAGUCACCAGCUCAGUGCGCUCAGGGAAACUGACCUCUGUUCUACCAAGUGUUGGAGUAAACCAGGAGUGGUAGCCCAGUCCGUUAGGGGGGGCUGCAAAACUAACGCUCGGGUUGAACAGUAUCAACUCGCUUCGCUGCGGCCCCCAGAAGGCCCCUGGCCGAGAGGCCGCAGUUACAAACCCACGACCAAUCAGGGUGAGGAGUUUCCGCGCGUGCGCAUCGCGUCGGGGCGGGACUUCCGGCGUCCUUCUUUCGGCGGUCAUUUUCGCUUCCUUCUGGUCGGUUCGGCCUCGGAGCCUUGUGUCAGGUUCUAG